CCGCCGCGCGGAACCGUCUCUUCCUUGCCCUUUCCCCCUCUUUCAGCGCCGCAGUUUGGCCUCGUCCAGGAAAAGCUGGCCGACAACCCUUUCCGACUCCUUAUAGCCGUUACGUUCCUGAUCAAAACUGCUGGAAAAACAGCCAUCCCGACUUUUGAUGCACUCAUGCAGAAAUUCCCGACCCCUGAGGCUUUGGCCGAAGCUGACUCUCACGAAAUCUCGGCCAUGACCAAACACUUGGGACUCUCAGUGGUCAGAGCUACACGAAUUCAGAAGUACUCCCGUAUGUGGCUGGAAAUACCCCCUAGCAAACAUGUCCGCUACGGAGUCAAGAAUUACCCCAGGCCAGGCGACGGUACGGACGUGAAAGCCGGUGAAGAAAUCAAACCAGAACACGAGGACAAUAGGGUCUCGGCUUGGGAAAUAGGACACAUGACACAAGGCUCCUACGCCAUCGACAGCUGGCGCAUCUUCUGCCGCGACGUGCUCCUGGGCCUGGCCGAAGACUGGAAAGGCAAAGGUCGGGAAGGCGAGUUCCAACCCGAGUGGAUGCACGUUCUGCCCCAGGAUAAGGAGUUGAGGGCCUGUCUGCGAUGGCUUUGGAUGAAAGAAGGGUGGCACUGGGAUCCGCACACCGGCGAGAAGGAGGUCCUAUCCGAGAAGUUGAGGAAGGCGGUUGAUGAGGGGAGGGUCGAGUGGGAUAAUACUGGAGGCCUUAGGAUACUGGAUGAUGGUGGGUUGGUGAAGGCAGAGGAGUAG